AUUUAUUUAAUCGUUUCUAACCACGGAACUGCAAUGAAAAAUGGGAGAAUCUUGGAGAAAUGGAGAUACAGGGCAUCGUUCAGAGAGAUAUAGCAGUAACGCCAGGAAUUGUGGAAGUGCGGCGGAAAGCAAUAGAAGCAAGCAAACUCCGUCCAGCAAAGAAGACAGCGAGGUGACGCUUAUGAGACUGAGGAGGUUGUCCAGGGCAGUAAUGAGCAAGAAUGAAAGGAAUCGUUUCGAAGAAAGGAAGUUAUGCCGAUCCAACGUAAUCAAGUUCCUAGACAGUCACCUCGAAGACCAGUGCGAAAGAGUCCGAUAUAUGACCCUCGACCAACUUUGCUGUACAGUACCAAGACUGGGAAACCGAACAGACAGUUUGUUGUCUCCAAUCAUGCCGAAAGUGUUUAAGUUCUUUAAACAAGAGGAAACGAAAGACGUCAAAUUAAAAGCACUUCAUUUUCUACGGGUUUUCUUUUGGAACGCUCAGUGUCCUGCUAGAUUUUUAGAUAUGUUCAUUCAUUUUGGCAUUGAAAAUGAGGAUCUCGCAAUAAAACUGUCUUGCUUGUCAGGAAUUGCUGUUACAUUUGACCGAGAUGUAGGGGACAAUUUGUACUCUCGAAUUAUCAUCUCUCUUUCAAAUUUGCUAAAAGCUGAUGUUCCGUAUGGUGCAGUACUCGCUGCAUGUCGGGCGUUAAAGUAUGUUCACCAAACUAUCUCCAGCGAAAGGUUUAAUGAUCUUUUCAGUGAUUCCCCCACUGCAGCCAAAAAUAUUUAUCAAGAUUUCUUAUCAUUUUAUGAGGCUGAUUAUUAUUUAUCCUUGGAAAAGCCCGACUGCACAACUCUAGUUUCAGCGUAUCAGUUAAAGAGGGAAAAUUGGAAAUUUGCAAAAGACUUCGGAAUAGUUGAUCGUAAUUUCUUAGACCGCAUCCGAGAGACAAGAGACUGUGAAAGAGCAGCAGCUGUAAACAGCUUUACUGUAGCUAUCAAGCGAUCUGUUUGGAAAGACACAGAUUUAGAGAGCCAUGUUGUUGACUUACUGAAACUUAUCACCUGUUUUCUUACGGAUCCAAACAGACCGAUACAAAUGAACGGUUUCGACGUUCUUAAAGAGGUUAUCUUUCGCAUGAGUUUUAGUCUAGCGCCUCAUAUAAGGAGCAUUGUCAGCAUCUUGAGAAAAACUUUAACCUCUCCUAACACUAAGAUAAGAUGUAAGUCUAGAAAGGUACUCUACAAACUUAUGAGACAUAUCCAUCCAAUGACAGUGCUUUCGGAACUAUUAAAAACUAAAAAAUCUUUACAAAAAGAAGCUAUUCUGAGAUUCAUUCUGGACAAGCUCAACUGUUUCCAAUACCACGAAUUAGAUCUGGUAUUUCUAUGUAACAGCAUAGCAGACAAUUUUGGAAGAUUCUAAUCGUAUCAUUCAAAGAACUAGUCGAGAUUGC